UAUAAGUACUUUUAUAGAAGGCGUAUAUAUGAAAUUGAUACUAUUAUUAUUUUUUGUUGUGAAUACGCUGAUGCUUCAAGUAUAUACUAUGAAGCACCUUGGUUGGUAUUCAACGUUUACAUAACCGGCAUGAAACUUCACGCCGCAGUUGACCAAUAUUAUUUCCUUUCAUCUUUCUAUAAAUACUAUUUCCAAGGCAAAGUCCCUCCACAAGACACAAAAGUGUACACCUAAAACUACAACCCCAACUCUAAAUACAUAAUCAUCAUCAAUGGCUUCCCUCCAAUUCCAAAGCUCCAACUAUGAAUCCCAAAGUCCAGCUGAUGAGCUCCUUAUAGCCCGCAUCACCGAACUCCAUGCCGCCAUAUCCAAGCUUGAGUCUCUUAGGCCUUCAAAGCAAGUCAAUAUCCUCUUCACUCACCUUGUCAAAUUAUGUACCUUUCCUUCCAACAUAGACACCACAAACUUACCUCAAGAGGUUCAACAAAUGCGCCAGAGUCUCAUCAAUUUGUGCGGGCGCGCUGAAGGCCUAUUGGAGCUUGAAUUCGCGACCUUCUUGUCCAAAAUCCCUGAACCACUCAAUAAUCUCAAUCUUUUCCCCUACUACGGGAACUAUGUCAAGCUAGCCAAUCUAGAGCACAAAAUCUUAGCUGAAAAUGGUGUGGUGAACCCCAAAAGGGUCGCCUUCAUCGGUUCUGGUCCAAUGCCUCUCACUACUUACAUAUUGGCAAUGCACCAUAUGAAGUUCACCCAGUUUUAUAACUUCGACAUCGAUGAGACAGCGAACGAUGUGGCUCGACUAAUUGUUGCAUCGAAUGUUGAGCUGGAGAAGAGAGUGAAGUUUGAAACAUGCGAUGUAAUGGAUGCUAAGGAGAAGCUAGAGGAGUACGAUUGCAUAUUCUUGGCAGCUUUGGUUGGGAUGUGCAAAGAAGAGAAAUUGAAGAUUAUUGGACAUCUAAACAAAUAUAUGAAGGAAGGAGGGAUUUUGCUUGUGAGGAGUGCUAAGGGAGCAAGAGCAUUCUUGUAUCCGGUCGUCGAAGAGAAUGACUUGUUUGGCUUUGAAGUUCUAUCAUUCUUUCACCCUAACAAUGAUGUUAUCAACUCUGUUGUUCUGGUGCGCAAGCCUUAUAACUGCAUGGCUGCUUGAAGCUAAGAUCUUAAAGGGUUUCAUUUCCUUUUAUAUGAGUUUGACAAUAAUUGGAGAACUAAGUCUAGUUGUAGUUCUCUUGUCUGUUGUGAGUCUUAUGUUUUAUUAUGGAAUUUCAAGAGUUUUAAUGCUAA